AUGGAUCAUUUGUCCACGAUAGAACCAGCUUCGAAUUGGACAUCCCAUUCGAACGCACCGGAUCUCUCAUUUCCAUCAGACAGUGAUGCUGUCGCGGAUGUGAUGUGUGUGGUUUUGCCGUUUGGAAUCCUAUUCAGUGUGUAUGCAUGUUUUGCUCUCCAUCAGACCAAAAUUAACUCCUCCCUGUCCAAAAUGCUUCUGUACAAUCAAAAUAUAUUGGAUGCUAUCUAUUGUGCCAUCAUAUUGAGUCUGGUUGCGACAAACAAUUACACCCUGGCGGGACUCAACAGUCCGUUCGUGUGUUAUCUGCUCCAAAGCGGAUUCCUGCCCCGAAUGGGUCGUACCAUGAUCGCCUGUAAUGUGCUCUGUCAAUCGGCCGAUCGAUUUUGGGCGGUCGUAUAUCCGGGCACAUAUAAAUUGUUUGCCAAACGUUACAUCAUCCUAUGCGGUACAUUUAUUUCCGUCUACUCUGCUCUAAUCUCAUUGUCCCGUGUUUUCAAGGUUAUCUGGCUGGACGGCAACUGUUGGACAAAUCAAAUACUCAUCAGUGAAGAAGCUAUGUUCUCGCUGGAACUGCUCUUUCGCUACGUACUCCCAGUUUCGGUCAUCCUAGCCCUGAAUAUCGUAGUUUUACACAAAUUGCGUUGUUCCGGUCUGUUUAUUCAAAAUAGUACGCCGGUUCCGUCGGACAGUGAGGAUAAUGUGUCGAGACGUACGGACACGCCCUCAAGUGUCGGGUGGAUUGUGCAAAGAAAUAUAUUUUGCAGUACCGUCAUCUUGAUGACCGAGUUGACUGUGACGGAGAUUAUUGCAACUGUGCUCACCAUUUUGGAUCUGAAUAACCUCGUGGAUUUCGGUGUCCAUUCCCUGUCUCGAGUGUACUAUUACGCAAUUCUUUCUGGUGGUGGUGGUGGUGUUGGUGGUGGUGCGGGUGGUGUUGUUGUUGUUGGUGUUAGUGAUGAUGGUAAUGGUGUUUUUGGUGACGGUCGUGGUUGUGGUGAUGGUCGUUUUGAUGAUCGUGACGGUGCUGCCGUUGGUGCUUGUGGUGAUGGUGGUUGUUGUGGUGAUAUGUUGCGAACACACGACCACCUGAGCGAUUAUAUGGUGACCAAAUCAACUUGA